AACUCAUGUUUCCGGUUUCCGGUUGUUUGAGUGUGCGCCUGCGUAUUAGUUUGGUAAUUAACUGUGCUGAGCUAACUCACCUAAAGCUAGUUCGUUGUAUUUGUCCUCCGUGAAGCACACGCCGAGAGGACCGACCCACGUGUGUAUAUUGAAAUGGCUGACCCUGAAGUAAACCCAAAAGCCUACCCAUUGGCUGAUGCUACAUUGACCAAAACCAUCCUGGAACUUGUUCAACAAGCCUCCAAUUACAAACAGCUAAGAAAGGGGGCCAAUGAAGCCACCAAAACAUUGAACCGUGGUAUUGCAGAGUUCAUCGUGAUGGCUGCUGAUGCAGAACCUCUGGAGAUCAUCCUGCAUCUGCCACUACUUUGCGAAGAUAAGAAUGUGCCCUACGUGUUUGUGCGCUCCAAGCAGGCCUUGGGUCGUGCUUGUGGCGUCUCCAGACCUGUGAUCGCCACGUCGGUCACCAUUAAAGAGGGAUCCCAGCUUAAACCGCAAAUCCAGUCUGUGCAGAUGGCUAUUGAAAGACUUCUGGUGUAAUAAAGUCUUACUGUUAAGAACAA